GUUACGGAACAUAUUUCCUCUUAUUUCCGCCUCGUAGUAUGUAGCGUGAUAUGAGUAGCCAUUCAUAAACUGAAUCAUUUUAGCCACGGAGGUUCACGCAGAAUAGCCAGCAAUAUUCUACGUCCUAGUUCUACGUCCGAGCUCUCCCACGAAGACCAAGCGUUUUCGCUGCCGCCAAUCCAUCAAUAUUGCUGCUGUUAUUUUGUUCUUUAUCUUAAACCAUAGAAAAUUAUCGCACAAUGGGCGUCCCAACAGCACGACUAAUCGAUCAGAAGCCAGAGGCGCCAAAAGGUGGCGUCGAGAUGGAGGUUCUCGUGUUGGGAAUGCCUCGAACUGGAACACUAUCAAUACUCUCGGCGUUCAAAAUCCUAGGCUACAAGCCGUUUCACGCGAGCAUGAUGGAUCAAUAUCCAUAUCAAUUACCCUUAUACACAGAGGCAUUACAGGCCAAAUAUGAAAAGACUACUGAACCAUACGGCCGUAAAGAAUUCGACAAGUUGUUUAUGGGUAAAUGGAACGUUUCGUGCAACAUGCCUGGAUCACUAUUGGCAGAUGAGCUCAUCAAGGCUUAUCCCAAUGCCAAGAUAAUUCUCACCACCCGUGAUGUCGAUAAGUGGCAGCGCUCGAUGAAGGAGUCUGUCGACGCAGCAGUGAAAUGGAAGGCCUUUGACUGGCUGGCCUCCUGGGAUUCAGUUGUCAUUGGACCCUGGUGGAAAUAUCACAAGUAUCAACAUUCUCUGCGACCCAUUCUAGCGCCUAAUGGAGAACGGCAGGCAUACCUCGAUCACUAUAAACGCAUAAACGAGAUAGUGCCUCCGGGGCGAGUAUUAAACUUCAAUGUCGCGGAGGGAUGGGAGCCAUUAUGCAAUUUCCUCGGCAAGGAUAUCCCUCAUGUGCCCUUUCCAAACGUCAACAAUAAGAACGAUUUCCUUGCCGGGCGUCGCCGACGCCUGUGGAUUUUGCUGCGUGUAAUUUUAAGAAAAUUGUUUGUUCCGGCAGUGAUGCUUGUUGCACUGUCAUACUGGUUAUGGACAUCGGGGCUUUACUCUAAUUUAUUUUCCUAGAUAAACUAUCCAAAGUAGAGAAGAAGACGCCUAUUAACAUAUGUUGAACAUUGCUAGAAAUUAAUUAUAGCCCUGUGAGAGCUAGUUG